UCUCUCCUUAGCCAAUCCUGACCCUCCAUGUUCGAUUUGCCUUCUGCUCGACCAAUCGGCGCACUCUGGCUCCACUCGUACAUUGCCAGGUUCGGUAGAGAAGGAAGGGGACGAACGAGGUCUUGCGCCGCAGGUCGCAGCAGCUGUUUGAUUCGUGCUCAGUUAGUUCCGCCUAUCAACACGCCCUUGUCCCCGUAAUAAAUAUCGACCACCACAGCUCACAGGGGCCAGUCGUCUGCUUCUCUCCUCCUGCUGCCGCCUGUUCCUGGGAUCGAGGUGCUCGCCCCAUCUCCUCCACCGUCAGAAGACCAUGGACUCAGAAACUGAACAACACGAUGACUCUUCAUUCAGCAACACAGAGACCAACGGCAAGCGCCCUGCUGAGGAUGCGGAUGAGCAGAAAUCAUUCAAGCGCUCUAGGAACUCGGAGGACAUGGUUGAGCUGCGCAUCCUCCUGCAGAGCAAAAAUGCAGGAGCUGUAAUUGGAAAGGCUGGAAAAAACAUCAAAGCCCUCCGUACAGACUACAAUGCCAGUGUGUCAGUCCCAGACAGCAGUGGGCCUGAGCGCAUCCUGAGCAUCAGUGCUGACAUCGAGACAGUUGGAGAAAUCCUGCUCAAGAUUAUCCCAACACUGGAAGAGUACCAGCAGUACAAUGGUAUGGAUUUUGACUGUGAGCUACGUCUGCUGAUCCACCAGAGCCUUGCUGGCUCAAUCAUUGGGGUGAAAGGAGCCAAGAUCAAGGAGCUCCGGGAGAACACAAAAACCAGCAUCAAGCUGUUCCAGGAGUGUUGUCCUCAGUCGACGGACCGGGUGGUGCUGGUUGGCGGUAAAACGGAGAGGGUGGUGGAGUGUAUUAAGACUAUGCUGGAACUCAUCGCUGAUGCUCCCAUAAAGGGCCGUGCUCAGCCAUAUGACCCCAACUUCUACGACGAAACGUACGAAUACGGUGGAUUCACCAUGAUGUUUGAAGAAAGGGGAGGCGGCCGUAGGCUUAUGGGAGGGUUCCCCAUGCGUGGGGGCCGGUCCAGUGGUGGAGAACGUGGGUUUGACCGAAUGCCCUCUAGCAGAGGGGGACGCGGACCCAUGCCUCCUUCCCGCCGGGAUUACGAUGAGAUGAGCCCCCGUAGAGGUCCUCCUCCACCUCACCCUAGUAGAGUCAGCCGGGGGAGUAGCCGUCCACGCAGCCUACCCAUGGCACACCCACACCGGGGGGGAGAUGAUCGUUACUAUGACUCGUACCGUGGCUCAGAUGAAAGGUCAACUGACAGAAGAGGCAGACCAGAUCGCUAUAGCGAUAACAUGAGUGGAGGAGGAUAUGACAACAGUUCUUCCUGGGAUAGCUACCAGUCAGGUGGACGUAGCUCCUAUAAUGACAUGGGUGGUCCUGUUAUAAGCACACAAGUGACGAUCCCUAAGGAUCUGGCUGGCUCCAUCAUUGGUAAGGGAGGACAGAGGAUCAAACAGAUCCGCCACGAGUCGGGAGCCUCCAUCAAGAUUGAUGAGCCCCUGGAAGGUUCUGAGGACAGAAUCAUCACCAUUAUUGGCACCCAGGAUCAGAUCCAGAAUGCACAGUACCUUCUACAGAACAGUGUGAAGCAGUACUCUGGUCAUUUGAUGUAGGCCCAGGAGACUCGGACUGAAGCAGACUCAUAUUGCCCCCCCAUCCCUAAUCCCCAACCCAACCUUUUUGCCCCUGUCCGACACAUCCCCCUCAGUCUAUUAUUCUGGAUUGUGGGUGCGUGGGUGUCUUCUUUUGAAUUUUAUUUUUGUAUUUUUCUUCUCCUUAGCUUUUCUUUUUUUUUUCACGAAUUGUCCAACAUUCCUGUGCAUUAAAGAAAAUGUAGAUAUUCUGCAUUUUUAAGAGUGUAUUCAAAUAGUUUAUCGGAUACCUUGCAUUUUUUUCUCUAACACAUCUAUCAAAUGAUAAAAACAAAAAUAAACAUAACCUUUUAUUUUUUGAUUUCCUUUUUUUAAUGACUUGUACGUUUGUGUUACCAGUUUAAAUCUGUCCUCUGUAUGUAUGCGUGUGUGCGUGCAUGUUGGCAUGUAUGGGUUGGUGUGUUUUCUGUUUUUAUAUCAGUCCCUUUACAGACAGUUGUACCAUAUUACCACUCUGUGCAACGUGCAGAAUGUAAGCUAUGUCGUUUUCUUUCAUAUUGAACCCUUUAUAGUUGUGGGGGUUUUUUUCAAGAGAUGUGUAAAUUUCACCCUUAAAAAUUUUUUUGGGGGGAUGUAAGUUUGGACACUUGUACACACUAGGUACAGGACUGUGACUAAUUUUUAAGAAUAUUCUUGGUAGUUGUGUGGUGAAAUAAAUCUGAAUCAUUUGAGUAACUCCUCACAAAAGGAAACAUGUAGCGAGAUAUUAUUGAUUUGACAAAUGGUGUUGAACUUAACUCUUUUGUCCCUGCAAUUUCCCGUGCUCUAUGCUUGUUUGUGCUCCAUGCUGUAACUUCACUCUCAAAUUGUAAAAUGAAUAAAGAUGCCACUUUUUACUGAA